AUGGCUCCCCGCGCGAGCUCGCCGGCGCUCUCCGAGACCGAGUUCGACAUAUUCGAUGCCCUCGCUGGCGGUGAUGAUGUUCAGCAAGAGGCGGAUUUGAACGCAGAUCUGGGCGUAGAUCUGGACGUCGGGCACGAUGACGGAUCCGACGACGAAGCCUUUAUCGCCGCGAAACAGGCUGCCUCGAAUCGCAAAGCCUCGAAUGUCGGAAAGUCAAUUAAGAAAGGUGGAGGUUUCCAGGCCAUGGGGCUGAACGCGGCGCUUCUCAAGGCCAUCACGCAGAAGGGAUUCAAGAUUCCAACUCCGAUCCAGCGCAAGGCCGUUCCGCUCAUGCUCGAUGGGCAAGAUGUCGUGGGUAUGGCCAGGACGGGUUCCGGAAAGACGGCCGCGUUUGUCAUCCCCAUGAUCCAGAAACUCAAGGCGCAUUCUGCCAAAGUAGGCGCUCGAGGAAUCAUCAUGUCGCCCUCCCGAGAACUGGCACUGCAGACGUUGAAGGUCGUGAAGGAGCUGGGUCGCGGCACAGAUUUGAGGACUAUUCUGCUCGUUGGAGGUGACAGUCUUGAAGAGCAAUUCAGCUCCAUGACCACCAACCCCGACAUCAUCAUCGCUACCCCUGGUCGCUUCCUGCAUCUAAAGGUCGAGAUGGGCCUCGAUCUGUCCUCCGUAAAGUACAUCGUGUUCGACGAAGCCGAUCGCCUUUUCGAGAUGGGUUUCGCGGCGCAACUAGCUGAGAUUCUGCAUGCCCUACCCACUUCGAGACAAACACUGCUGUUCAGUGCGACACUCCCCAAAUCCCUCGUAGAGUUCGCGAGAGCAGGUCUACAAGAGCCAAAGCUCAUCCGUCUCGAUGCUGAGAGCAAGAUCUCUCCAGAUCUCAAAAGUGCCUACUUCACAAUCAAGUCGGGUGACCGUGAUGGCGCGCUGCUUCACCUCCUUGACAAUGUCAUCAAGGUGCCGGUAGGCGAGACCGACGCAUCAAAGAAGGCCAAGGCAGAUGCAGAGAAAGCUGCCAACAGCAAGAAGCGGAAGCGCAGCGACGGAUUUGUCAAGGACGUCCCGAUCGCUGAGUCCACCAUCAUCUUCGCUGCAACAAAGCACAGAGUGGAGUAUCUCGCGAACCUUCUUCGCAAUGCGGGAUACGCCGUGUCUUACGUGUACGGCAACCUUGACCAAACAGCGCGCAAGGAGCAGAUCCAGGACUUCCGCACUGGCUUGACUCGCAUUCUCGUUGUCACCGAUGUGGCUGCUCGUGGUGUGGAUAUGCCCCAUAUCAACCACGUCAUCAACUACGACUUUCCUUCGCAGCCCAAGAUCUUCGUACACAGAGUCGGACGAACCGCUCGAGCUGGAAGGAAAGGAUGGGCGUACAGUCUGUGCAGACAUGUCGACCUACCCUACCUCAUAGAUCUACAGCUUUUCCUCGGUAAACGACUCCUAGUCGGGAGGUCACACGAAGAGCCAAACUAUGCAGAAGACUUUGUCGUCGGUAGCUUGGCACCAUGGCAACUGGAAUCGUCUGUCGAGAUUGUGAACAAACAGCUCGCCGAUGACGAAGACCUAGCGCUUCUCUUAAGCGUAGCCGAAAAGGGUGAGCGCCAAUAUCAACGAACACGCAACCAGGCAAGUGCACAAAGUGUGGGACGAGCUAAGGAGUUGGUUGCAUCUCCCAACUUUGCAGAGACGCAUAUGCUCUUCAGCGAUGACGCGCAUAGUGCUCAGAAAGCGAAGGAGGAUAUGCUUGCACGAAUUCAAUCAUUCAGGCCCGCGGAGACCGUAUUCGAGAUCGGCAAACGAGGUACCCAGAGUGACACAGCCGAAAUUAUGCGCAAGAGGCGUGAACAAGUCGGACGACAAAAAGCCAAGCAAGCAGCCAACAAACGAGCCGCGGACGAUAUGGACCCACUUCAAGCACCUGCAAGACAGUCAAACGGUGAAGAAGCAUCAGAGGAUGAAGAAGACGAGGUUGAAGUCGCUGAUGGCGUAUACGACUCAGACUCUGAUGGGCUCGAGGUGUCUGUCUCGCAACCAUCCUCCAAGAAGUCAAAACAGGACAGCUGGAAGAAUGAUGACUUCUUCAUGUCAUAUACUCCCAAGGAGAACAUGGCAGAGGAGAAGGCCUAUGGAGUGAGCGGAGGAGAUGCCGGCAACACCAACUUCGUGUCAGCAGCAAGGGCAGCAGAAAUGUCACUUGUGAACGAUGAGAUUCAGGGCUUCGCAGAUGCGGCCAAGUCGAAGAUGCGUUGGGACAAAAAGUCGAAGAAGUACGUAAACCGCACCAACGACGAGGAUGGCUCCAAGGGAGCCAAGAUGAUUCGAGGAGAAAGUGGGCAAAAGAUUGCAGCCAGUUUCCGCAGCGGUCGCUUCGACGACUGGCGCAAGGCGAACAAGGUCAAGAUGCCUCGAGUGGGCGAAAUUGAAGCCCCCAACCGGUCUGCUGGAUCCUUCAAUAACGCCCCGCGCUACAAGCACAAGGCCGAGAAGGCUCCGAAGCAGGCUGAUCGGUACCGCGAUGAUUAUCACGUCCAGAAGAAGAGGGUGGCUGAAGCGAAGGAGAAGCGCAUCGGUGCAUGGAAGGAUGGAGGCGCCAAGAGCGAACUCAGAGAUGUGGACGCUGUGCGCAAGAACCGCAAGGUGCAGGAAAAUCGCCGAGCAAAGAAUGCUCGUCCCUCCAAGAAGCGGAAGUUUUGA